AUGCCUUCUCUAUCAUCUUUCUUUGUUCAUUUUUUCCUCCAGAACGGAUUCCAAGUUCGUUGGUCUCGUGCUACCAAAAACCCCAAGUGGUGGAAGACCAAGCCUGGUCUGGGCAAACCAGGAGGCAAAAAGCUCAAGACACACAAAGGAGCGAAGAAGAGAUUCAUUGUCACUAGGAUGGGAAAAGUUGGUUACAUGCCCAGUGGCAAACAACAUCUCAACUACAGUAUGAGCUCAAGAAAGAGAGCAAAGCUGAGGCAGCGAAGGUACCUCAACCCUACGCAGGCGAAAAUUAUUCGCAAGCUCUUGCUCAUGGACCGUCGGCCAAGAAACAUUCGUGUGCUGCAGGCUGAGCCCCUGAAGCUCCGCGAAGCUCCUCUGAGUGAUGAAGAGUGGGAGGCCAUGAAAGUGCAAAUCGCAAAGAAAUCAAAGUCGAAAUGUUAG